UAUUUAACUUAAAUAAUUCUCAAAAGAUUAAUGGAAAUUUAAUCCCAGCAAGUUCAAUGAAACCUAUUCCACACCAAACUACUUAAAAGUCCAGCUCAUCUGAUCGGUGACGUUCGAUUUGUGCAAGCUUAUGGAACAGUGCUCCAGGUACGGCGGCCCCGUAAUUUUGGCAUCAUAUUUGCAAGCAUCUCCGGGAGAGGGUUAAAUAAAUUGGAUCUCAAUAAUUUGAUGUACAAUUAGUUGCAGAAGAAACCAUUAGCCUCAAAAUGAGACACGACGAUCCGGCUUCGGCGAAGCUGGAACAGACGGAACCGUUCCACUUCCCGUACUGUUACAUCUGCAACACGCCCGACUUACAGAUGGAAACGGGCAACCUGUGUAUGUUGUUUCAAUCGGAACAAAAUGGAUAUUCGGCGGCCAAAACGCUGACCGAAAUCCUGCAGAUUGAUGUCACACCGGAACUGUGCCAUUCGCAACUCAUCUGCAUCAACUGCAACCUGCUGUGCGUCGAGUAUCAGCAGCUGCUGGAACGGGUGGAGACAAUAAGGAUCCAGAUGACGGUGGCCUACAAUCAAACCGUCAUGAAGCUGGCGGGUCUUACGGAGAAAGUCCUGAAAGACACACCCGUUACCGAUGAGAACCUCGAGCAGGCACUGCAAAGCAUUGAAAAAGGAUUUAUGUCCAUCGAUGAGGUGUUCCAAAUGGAGGGUCUCGUCGCUGAUUCCAUCAUCGAAGAUCCGUCCUCGGAACAAAUUGAAGGUGUGCUGCCAAAGCUAACGCUCGAUUGGCAUGGGGCCACGCCGGACCAACCCAUCGAUUCGUCCGUUCUGUUAAGUUCAGCUACAAUCGCCGAUGAGCAACCGCAGCACGUUGCCGUUCAAGAGCCGGAACCACCAAUUCUUACCACCGUUCAAGACGUUGCUUCAACACAGUUGGAACCGCAGGAAACGAACCUGCUAGCACCGGACACCGAAACUCCUGUUGACUGUGAUAGUAGCAACGACGAUAAGCUUCACUCGCUGAUUGCGGAUAGAAUCGUCGAAGUAAAGGCAGAAGAUGGUACGGUUAUGUAUUGUGUUUACGAGAAUGUAAUCGAAUCGUACAGUGAUCAAGAAGAAGCCCCACCGGAAACGAUGAUGGCCAGCAAUGACGAUGCCGAUGUUGUGACGAACGAUGAUGAUGAUGAUGAUGAUGUGGUAGAGUACGAUGAAGUGAUCGUCGAGAGUUCAGAACCGGCUGCGACGGAGCAUACGCCUGAGGAGCAACCACCACCACCGACUUCCCUUUUGGAUGCAGUUGAAGAACAGCAGGCGCCGGUUGACGGAAAUGAGAGGAACGAAUCUGCUGCCAUCACCCAACCGCUCUUUUUCAAGGUGGAAGACGUGUACUACUGCACAACCUGCAGUUCCGUGGGCAAGAUGAACGGGUAUCACGUGAAGAGCAUCGCACAUCACCUGAAGGUGGAGCACGGUGAGAAGAUACUCGUGUGCGAACGGUGUGAUGCGGUGUUUAGCCGCCGAUCGGCCUACAACAAGCACAUGGACCAGCACACGGCCGACGACUGUGGAGGAGAUUUUAACUGCGACAUCUGCGCCAUCAAGCUAGACUCUGUGCGAGCGUUGCGUAUCCAUCGUAAAAACCACGUUCCGGCCACCAAGCUGUGGUCCUGUGAGCUCUGUGAGAAGAAGUACGUCACGAAGAAUCUCCUGGAGGUGCACAUGAACACGCACACCGGGGAGCGGCCGUACCAGUGCACCGUUUGUUCGAAGGAUUUCUCCUCCAAGUACGUGCUGGCAGUGCACAUGAAGACCCACAGUGAACGGACGCGGAACUUUGUCUGCACGGUGUGCAAUGCGUCGUUCUUUAAGCGCAACAACCUGGUACAGCACGAGCGGAUCCAUCUUGGGCUAAAGGAGUACAUGUGUCGCGAUUGCGGUAAAGAGUUCCUGUCGCAGCAUAAUCUUAACGUGCACCGAAUCAUCCAUGCCGGCAAUAAACCGUUCUCGUGUCGGACGUGUGGUAAAUCGUUUGCUCGGAAGGCGGAAAUGAUUGAUCAUGAGCGGAUACACACGGGUGAGAAACCGUUCGCUUGUGAUAUCUGUGAUGCACGUUUUGCCCAGCGGUCGAACCUGCACUCGCACCGGAGGGUCACGCAUAUGAACGAUAAGCGGUUCAAGUGUGAGAUCUGCGGUGCCUGCUUCAAGCGACGCCGGUUGCUGGUGUAUCACGAGCGAUCGACGCAUACCGGGGAGCGACCGUACAAGUGUGAUCAGUGCACAGCUACGUUCGCGUAUCCGGAGCACUUCCAGAAGCACAAACGCAUCCACAGCGGUGCGAAACCAUUCUCCUGUGAGGUCUGCCACAAAUCGUUCAACAGCCGGGACAACAGAAAUGCACACCGGUACGUGCACAGUGACAAGAAACCGUUCGAGUGUGUCAUUUGCGGUGCCGGGUUCAUGCGCAAGUCGCACCUGUACGGACAUAUGCAAAAGUUCGGUCACUUGAACGAUACCAUCAUCGUCAACCAGCCACACAUUAAGCCGAACGAUACGCUGGACUUUACUCACGAAUCCUUCACCAUCGCUAGCGCCGAUGCAUUGGCGGAUGAUACGGGUGAACCCAUUGAACCGGCGGCGGCGGUAGUAGGCUGUAGUGACGAAGGUACGGCCAGCCAUCACUCACCACGAAUGAUCAUCGAAGGCGAAGAAGAUACGACCGAGACCAUGGAUGACAUUAUCGAAACGGAUGAGUACUACAUCGAGCAGGAUGAGGACUAUGUCGAAGGCAUGCACGAAGAUACGAGCAACAGUACUCCAGUUCCCGUGGCGGAUCUACAGGCGGAUGAUGAUGACAGUGCCAUUGAGUAAAAGGCGUACCGUGGACACGGUUUCCGCUUUACUGGCACUUUUGUAAAUAAAUCUAACGAUAAGGUUACACUUUUUACA